AUGAGUGACCUCGACAAAGCCAUUGCGCAACUGCGCGCGUGCCGUCCCAUCCCCGAGCCCCAAGUGCGCGAACUCUGCUACAAGGCGCGCGAGCUGCUCAUCGAAGAAGGCAAUGUCGUCACUGUCGAUGCCCCCGUCACUAUCUGCGGCGACAUCCACGGCCAGUUCCACGACCUGAUGGAGCUCUUCCGUGUGGGCGGCGACGUCCCGGACACAAACUACCUGUUCAUGGGCGACUUUGUGGAUCGGGGUUUCUACAGCCUCGAGAGUUUCCUCCUGCUCCUGUGUCUGAAGGUCCGCUACCCCGACCGCAUCACCCUGAUCCGUGGCAACCACGAGUCGCGCCAGAUCACCACCGUCUACGGCUUCUACGACGAAUGUAUUAGGAAAUACGGGAGUGCGAACGUCUGGCGGUACUGCUGCGAGGUCUUUGACUAUCUGGCCCUGGGGGCCUUGAUCCUAGGUGCGACCACCGACGUCCCUCCGCCGGCUGGGGGCCCCAUGGCAGAUGAGGACCUCGAAUCCGAGGUGCUCAACGCCAACGGCGAAAUCAUAUCCAAGACCCUCCGUCGCCAGUUCGCCAGCCUCUCGAUGGGCAGCCCACAACAAUCACAAACCUUUGGUGACGGCAGUCGAAUAUCUCCCGCCCCGGACGUCGACCUCCCGUCGUCUCUCGAUGCCCCCCAGUCCUCACCCAGCCAGCCACCUCCGUCGCUCUUCCAACCUCCCACAUCCUCGACCGGCGCGGUCCUCUGCGUCCACGGUGGUCUCUCCCCCCUGGUCGAAACCGUCGACAAAAUCCGCCUCAUCGACCGCAAGCAGGAAGUUCCCCACGAAGGCGCCAUGUGCGAUCUCCUCUGGUCCGACCCGGACGAGAUUGAGGGAUGGGGGCUCAGUCCGCGUGGCGCGGGAUUCCUCUUCGGCGCCGACAUCGUGCGGCAUUUCAACCACAACAACGACCUGUCCCUGAUCGCGCGGGCGCAUCAGCUGGUCAUGGAGGGCUACAAGGAGAUGUUCGAUAAGACCAUCGUGACCGUGUGGAGCGCACCCAACUACUGCUACCGUUGCGGCAACGUGGCCGCCAUCCUCGAGCUGGGCGAGGACGGCUCCAACGGCGGCUGCAUCCAGCGCGCCAACGGCGACCAGGGCCGCCGGGAACCCGUAGGCGGCGACGGCAGUGGCGGCGGCACCGGCGUGCUCUGGAACCUCGCCACCCCGGGGAGGAGAUAUCGGGUCUUUGAGGCCGCGCCGCAGGGCACCCGGGGUAUGCCUGCGAAGAAGCCGGUCGGGGAAUACUUCUUGUAA